GCAGCCAAAGUUUGAGUUAUCGAAUUGUUGCAAGAAUUUGAUUGUCAUUAAUUCCCACGUUCAUUUCUGGCCUUCUAGGAAGUGAGAUUUAAACGACUCUAGGAGGAAGCCCUCCCAAACCAGACCUUUGGGCCCAUCUAGCGCAUUGAUGCCUACACUGACUGGCAGCAGCUUUCCAGGGUUUCAGGCAGGGGAUAUUCCCAGCCUCUACCUGGGAUUGAAUUUCUGCAUGCAAAGCAGAUGCUCUGCCACCCAGCCAUGGUCUUUCCCCAGGAAAGGACCAUUGUCUCACCUGGCUUCCUUUUUGGAAGUGCCUAACACUACAGCUUUAUUACAGCAGGCUUAUAGGAACCUUUUAUGACACCCUUUUAAUAUUUUGUUGGAAACGGAAAAGUGUGUGUGUGUAUGUGACAGAAGCUGGUUACGUUAAAACACAGUCAUAAUCUUGCCUGCGCAAACUCCCCACCUAUUAAAUAAGGUUUAAUUUGGCAGUAAACUAGCGGAUGGGGCCGGGCUUGCCAGAACUGGGGCUAAGAGCACAAGCAAAACCCUUCCUAACCCUUAGGAUGAGAUGAGAACUUAGAGCAACCUUCCCCAAAGUGCUGCCCAGGUGAGUGGCUUUGAACUACAACUCCCAGAAGUUCCAGGCAGCACAGAGUACAGGGCCAGCUAUUAUUUCAAAGAUAGAAAAUGCCAGGCCCCCAAACCCUAUUGGCUUCUUCUAGCCCUCGAUCCCUGCUGAGCUGGCCACUGCAGUACCAGCCUCCACCCACUGGUGGCGCUGUAGCACAACAGGGAUUUGUUGUGGCUUGCAAACUAUGGGUUCAAGACCCACCGUGUGCCUUCUGGCCCACCUAAAUAGUUAAGACCUGUGUUUAGUUCUCCGGUGCUAGUACUUACCUCCAGCUGUCUGUCUUAGGCUCUUGUGCAAGCUGCCCGUCGCUACUUCCUCCUCCACCACCGAGCAGGCUAGAUAGCCAACCUUAGAGAGAUCCCUUGCGGAUUUCAUGGAGACGGCAACACUUCUCACUUCUCAGCUUAGGAGAAGCACCGGCUGGGAUUCCGUCAUGUCCUGCUUCGCCCACGUGUGGCACACAGAAGUGCCCAGCUCUCCUCCCACAAGCCCCACAAGCCCCGUCCCGGCUGCCCCGCAUGAGAUCCCCGUCCCCCUCAGCCCCAUCGUGAUCACUUCUCCCGCCGCGGAAGGCCGCCCCCGCGUCUGCUCGCCGGUGUGCUCUCCCACCUCCGGGAAGGUUCGGCUGGGCUCCCCCACCUCGCCGCAGCCGGGUUCCCCCAUCGAGUGCUCCAUCUGCUUCAACACCUAUGACAACCUCUUCAAGACGCCCAAGGUCCUCCAGUGCCAACACACCUUCUGCCUGGAGUGCCUGGCCCGCCUGACCGCCACUCUCCCCCCUCACCGAGUCGAGGACCAGCUCCCCUGCCCCUUCUGCCGCCAGAUCACCGAGAUCCCUCUCGAAGGGCCUCCGGGCCUCGAGACGAGCAAAGAGCUCUUGGCCACCCUGCCUCCCGAGCUGCAGAAGGAGAAAAUGAUCUGGAUGGAGGGCACCCGGCUCUGCUGCAGGCAGUCGUCCGACCCGGAGAGCGCCGAGCCCUGCAUCAGCAUCGACGUCGCCCCCAGCAAACCCGAAAUCCCCGUGGUGCCCCCUGAGAGCUUCAUGAGCAGGCUCGCCCGCUGUGAAAUGUGCGACGACUGGAAGCGCAUCGCGCUGCUCUCGGCCUUGAUCAUCAUUCUCUUCUGCAUCAUCCUGUGGCCGGUUCAGUGCGCCCUGAAGACGGGCAACCUCCGCUGCUUCACCAGGACUUACACGCUGAGCAGGCCACACUAUGUGCCGCCGCCUCCGACCACCACCCCAGCGCCAACAAUGAGCAACCUUCUUGACCUCCUAGGGUGAGCCCAAGAGAGAGAGAGAGGGGCUGUGUUUCAGUGGGCAGAGCACAUAUUUUGCACGCAGGAGGCCCCCCGGAUUCAACCACUGGUACCUGCAAGUUGAACAAAACCCUCUUGGCCUGAGACUGUCACAGCCAACAACUCUAGGACUAGUUGGCUUUCUGAGUUCGGACACCGGUGCUUUCUGCUCUCUUGACAUGCUCAUGCUGCUCUUUUUAGGAACCUCUGGAAACUUUUAAAUUAAGACAUUGCUGUUCCAUACACCCUGUGGUUUCUGCUGUGUUAACCCAGUUUUUGACUCCCAUGGCGAUGCAGAGGCAAUGCAAGGUCAAGACCAGAAACUGUAGACACCUGCUGCUCUAAAAGAUGCCCACCAAAGAGUUACCUGGAAUGAUGCCUCCCCACACGCCUAUCAUACCAGCAGGAAUAAGAGGGCAACUGUUCAAAAAUGCACAGUGUUGUCCCCUGGGCCCAUUACAUGUGAAAGGACAAUGAAACAAGGACUUUCCCCCAGAGACUGACUCCCUUCACCAACAUCUUGAAUGAAGCCUAUGUGCAAUUAUAUCUUGGAGUGGGAAGAAAACGUAUUUAAUUUUAUAUGUGUUAUUAAACAUUUCAAUUUUAUAUAGAUGGUGUGUGGUAUUCUACAAAUAUGGCAGUUUCUUCAAUUUGACUUAAGUAUGUGUCGGCGUUUUGCAGGAUUUUUUAUUUUUUUGGAAGG